UCGAGUUUUAUCAGCGUUCCCUUGUACAAAUCCCGUGGAUGAUAAAGUUGGUUGGGCAGGAUGUCGCUGCUUUGUGGUAAUUUACAUCGGUACUGCUCUUAUCAAAAGAUGUCAUGGAAUCUACGUCAGAUAACGGCAACUGCUUAUCAGAGAACUAAGUCUUCAACUUCAAGAAGGAACUCUGCCAAUACAAUUUGUUCAACCAAUCAGAAAAAUGAACAAUUGAAAAAUCCUAGUGUGUGGAAAGUUGAAUUGAGUGAACCCACUCCUGCAUAUCUACCACUCACAAACACUCACUUGACAAGAUGCUCAAGGAUUCAGGGUGACUCGUCGAGUUCUCGUGAGCGAUCUUUAAAUCCAAAACUGAAUGAAAGUAAAACAUUGAGAUCUCACUCCUGGACUCGAUUUGAGGGAAGACACGCGAGCGAUGUUUUAAACAUUCAUUCGCUUCCACCACGCAAUCACAGUUCCAACAUUGGCUCAUCAUCUCAGAUGAAAGCAGGUCUUCAGUUUUUCGGAUCGUCCCUCAACCAUGUGAGCGUAAUUCCAUCGCGUGGGAUCAGUCUGUUCGGUUUACCGGAGAGGUCUGCUUGGUCACUCGCCAUUGCGGAAGCGGAGAAGAUUGUGGGAUACCCAACGUCGUUCAUCGGUCUCCGUUGCUUACUGAGCGAUGAGUUGUCAAACGUUGCCAUGCAUGUCCGUAAACUUGUUGGCACGAAGCACCCACUUGUUAAAACAGCAAAAAACUUUGUGUACGAUGGCAAGCACAACAUUCAGACUAGAGGCUUGAUCGUCUUGUUGAUCUCCAAGGCUGCUGGUCCGUCUCCCAGGGAUACGAGUAAACAAAGUAUGGUCAGAGGAAUAUACCCCAGUCAGCGGACACUUGCUGAAAUCGCCGAGAUGAUCCACACAGCUUUCUUGGUCCACAAAGGCAUCGUGGACAUCAAAGAUCUUAUUCCAACGGACGGCCCUCGUAGCGUCAUGGAAUUCGGCAACAAGAUCGCUGUCCUGAGCGGGGACUUCCUCCUCGCCAGUGCAUGCAGCGGUUUGGCGCAGCUCCGCAACACUCACGUCGUUGAUCUCGUCUCUCAGUCAAUCUCUGACCUCACCCAGGCUACCUUUAUGAGUUUCUCCGAGGAGCUUGGAUCAAAGGGGAGCGGUCAGCUCCUCCCGAAUGUCGGGAUCGCGGACUGGGCAAAGUAUGUUUAUUUGUCGUCGGGGAGUCUGAUUGCUAAGAGCUGCCGAGCGGCGCUGGAGCUGGCUGGACAUGGAGAGGAAAUGCAGAAAUGUGCUUUUGAGUUUGGGAAGAAUAUCGCACUUGCACAACAGCUUAACCAAGAAUUGCUGACCUUCACAUCAUUUGACGGCAGUGACGCUUCAUUUAGUCUGACCUCCGCCCCUGUGUUGUUACAUCUAGAAAGCAGCAAAAACCGAGACAGGUUCAGGAACCAGACCACAGUCGAUAUCAAAAAGCUUCAUCGAGAUAUUCAAAGCGGGUCAGCAAUAACAAAAUCUAAGGAGUUGUGUCGAACGUACGGAGAAUCUGCGCGGGUAGCGAUUAGUGUUUUCCCAGAAUCAGACGCCAAAAACACACUGGAGCAAAUGGUGAAUGCUGUCACGUUAUGAGAUCAACAUUAGGUCUUGUCUUCACCUCAAGGACCCCGGUUCGAAUCCCACCAGGGGCACUAUGUGGAUUGGGUUUCCAGUCUCUAACUGACAUAAAAAAAAAACACUGGAGCAAAUUGUGAAUGCUGUCACGUUAUUAGAUCAACAUCAGGUCUUGUCUACCUCAAGGACUCGGUUGAAUCCCACUAGGGGCCGAUGUGGAUUGGGUUAUUAGUCUCUACCCUGUCUACCUGCUACCUGGCCAAAAAUACACUAGAGCAAAUGGUGAAUGCAGUCACGUUAUGAGAUCAACGUCGGGUUGAUUAGAGUGGUAUCUUGCCUGGCCUUCUACCUCUAGGACCCUGGUUCGAAUCCCGCUGGGGGCAAUAUGUGGUUUGGGUUUUCACUAGUCUCUACCUGACCAAAACACUCUGGAGCAAAUUGUGAAUGCAAUCACGUUAUGAGAUCAACAUUAGGUUUGGCGUAGUGGUGUCUUGCCUCGCCUUCUUCCUCUAGGACCCUGGUUCGAAUCCCGCUGGGGGCAGUAUGUGGUUUGGGUUUUCACUAGUCUCUACCUGACCAAAACACUCUGGAGCAAAUUGUGAAUGCAAUCACGUUAUGAGAUCAACAUCAGGUUUGGCGUAGUGGUGUCGUCUUGCCUUGCCUUCCAAACGGAAGGACCCUGGUUCAAAUCCCAACCAAGUUGAUUGGGUUUUUAAAGUCCCUACUGUGUGGGUUUUCCCUUAAAUAAUUCUCUGGAGUUUUCCUCCCACAUCUAAAACUAAAACUUCCUUCCUUAUCUUCUCUCCAUUGGGUUUUUGGCUAGUAAAGUGAUCAAGUUCGCUUAAUCGAAAAAUAUGAUCUGCGAAGAGUUACUCAAUACUUAUAUGAUGUUCAUUUGGUGUCUUUGUGACAAAGAAUGUACCCAUGACUGUAGCUGUUACAAAAAUAAUUAAACCAAAACAGUUUUAUACAUAUCAACACAAAUCCUUUUUAUUGAUUCAACAGUGUUUUUAUUGAAAACAAAUACAUUUUUGUUAUAAAAUUUGUACUUAAUAGGCCUAUAUCAUUAAUUAAAUAAUCAAACAAAAAAGAAUUUUGCUUUGUGUGUCAUUAAUUUGUUACACUAAAAAAUCAACUUGCUCAUAAUAUACAAUGUACAUUUUUGUGCGCUAAUUCCAUGACUCGAAUUAACCAACGGCACCACAGAACUUGCCAUUGUUUCCAAUAACGUUUUGAGACUUCACUGUAAUGUUACGCUAUAUAAAAACUGUUUAUUAUUAUUGUCCUGACUCACCCAGGUCAAAACCUAGUGCACUCAUCACAAAAGAGAAGGGGUUCAGCUAGGUGUUUUUGGUUUGAUUGGCUGCAUACUACGCCA